AUGGCGGACCCUCUUUCCAUCUCAGCGAGCAUCGCUGGGUUAGUUGCUCUUGCCGAUCUCGUCUUUCGAUCAGGCACCAAAUACGUCAAGAGCUACAGAGGCGCCCCAACAGAGGUUGGAAACCUCAUGCGCGAAGUCAGAAGUCUCUCUGUCAUCUUGCACAACCUUUCCCUUGUCGCUUUUGACCUGGAAGAAACUGGACGACCCGAAACAACUGCUGCUGUUCACGAGCCGCCACCUGCUCUUCAACCGCAUUAUCUCCACGAUUGCCACCAGCUGCUGAGACGCUUGGAGACGGGCCUUUCGCGUACAGAGACUUCCCUAGACUCGGGUUCUGGGCGCCAAAGACUGCGAGCGCGACUGAAAUGGCCUUUCACUUCAACCGAGUCCAGGGACAUGAUCCAGGAUAUACAGCGCUACAACCAGAUCAUCCACACAGCUCUCGCCGCCGACUCUCUAGCCAAGCUCAAACAUUGCUUAUCCCGACAAAUCGAAAUGAAGGAUGGCCUUGAAAAGAUCAAUCGUACCGCUGAAAAGAUCUUGGAUAUACAAGUCAAGAUUGCCCUCGAUACAAAAAGGAAUCAAGUUCUCGAAUAUUUUGGCCAAUUCAAUCCUCGGGGUGAAUACGAGACGAACGAUAGCCUACGGCAUGGUCUCACCGGCCUUUGGCUCACGCAAGGUCCAGAGUUUGACUACUGGUACUCAACUCCGGCUUCAAGACUCUGGUGCAGUGGUAUACCUGGUGCUGGGAAGUCAGUCCUUUCUGCGGCCGUGAUUAAGGAGUGUUUGCAUAGAAACGCUCAUGAUGCACACAAAGCAAUAGCGUACUUCUUCUGCACCUAUAGACAUGAGCGCUCCCAGCAUAUGGUCAACAUUCUUUCUUCCCUUUGCAUCCAACUUGCCCUGCAGAGCGAAAAAGCUUUCCGUAUCUUACAGGAGUAUCACGACCAACUGUUCUCAAGUCAUCACCUCUCUACAAAGCCCACCGUCGAAAUGCUCACGCAGAUACUACAUCGUAUCUGUGCUUGCUUUACUCGCGUCUAUAUUAUCGUCGAUGGUAUCGAUGAGUGUGACAAUCGAGUCGAAGCAAAUGUAAAGUGCUUGGCCGAGCUUGCGCUGUCACAAGGGGAUGAUGUUAUGAACAUGGCAUUAUUUAGCCGGGACGAGAGCAUUAUACGCACGCGUCUAGAAAGGGACUUUUCUCAUGUCGAAAUUGAGGCUCAUACUGAGGACCUGCAACUCUAUGUCGCCUCUGAACUUAACGAAAGGAUUACUUCAAAACGGCUGAGGCUUCGUGACCCAAAUCUGAACGACCUCAUUGUGACGAGAUUGGUUGGGGAAGCUAAAGGGAUAUAA